AUGUCGACCUACGAAGUCGAACACGGCACUGCGGACCCCGCUACGAACCCUCAAUCCCAGCACCGUCGCCGCCCAGACCUAUCCACAUUCUUCGCGACCCUUUCAGAGAUCUCCCCGGACCCCAACCACCCCGAUCAUCGUCCUCAUGCCGUCCCCGUACCAGGAGAUGUCAGCGCUGCAUUUUACUCCCUCGCCGAGGCCUUCGAGGUGAUGCGCCGUGAGAAUGCGUCUGGGGGCACCGAAGCUGAGACUGAAGGGGCCUCUGGUCUCGAAGGCAACGAACUCAUAACACAGAUGAUACAGAGCUUGCUCAGUGGGGCUGAUAUGCCACCUAGAGAAGUAGAAGGCGUAAGCGAGGAGUUUUGCGACAUGCUCGAUCGUGUUCCGAAAUCCUCACUUAAACCAGAUCAGACCUGUCCUAUUUGCAGCAAUCCUUUUCUAGAGGACGAGUACCCGCUUGUUGUCAAGUUGCCUUGCCAUCCAACCCAUAUCUUUGAUCUAGAGUGUGUGAAGCCCUGGUUACGACUGCGGGGAACUUGUCCACUUGAUCGGGUAGACUUCGCUAAGGAAUUGCGAGAGAAGGAUGAGGCGAGGAAGAAGCUGGUUGAGGAAGAUGAUGAGGAAGAGUGGGAUGGGAUGUAUGGCUAA